CUCUUGGCAAUCUCCGCCCCCACUACCCACUCUGUUUUCUCACAUACAGUAUUAGGUUUCGAAGCAACGAGUUGAACCAGUGAGUCAGUUGAAUUAGCGAGUCAUCAUCAUCAUGUCGGACGAGGAACAUCACUUCGAGUCAAAGGCCGAUGCCGGAGCUUCCAAGACUUAUCCUCAACAAGCUGGAACCAUCCGCAAAAACGGUUACAUCGUUAUCAAGAAUCGUCCCUGCAAGGUUGUUGAAGUUUCAACCUCAAAGACCGGUAAGCACGGUCAUGCUAAGUGCCACUUUGUUGGAAUUGAUAUUUUCACCGGCAAAAAGCUUGAAGAUAUCGUGCCCUCUUCCCACAAUUGUGAUGUUCCCCAUGUGAAUCGUACUGACUACCAAUUGAUUGAUAUUUCUGAGGAUGGAUUCGUGAGUCUGCUUACUGAUAAUGGAAACACCAAGGAUGACCUGAAGCUUCCUACCGAUGACAGUCUGCUUACCCAGAUAAAGGAUGGUUUUGCUGAGGGUAAGGACCUUGUUGUGUCUGUGAUGUCUGCUAUGGGUGAGGAGCAGAUUAAUGCCCUGAAGGAUGUUGGUCCAAAGAACUAGCUUCAGCUACUGCUGCUACUUUGUUGUUUCAAUUUAAGAAAGAGAUAUUUUUGCCGUGUCUUAUUUUUAGUAUUAUUUAGCCCUUUGGUUUUGGUUAUGAACUCUAGUCAGACUAGUUUUACCAAAUGUGUUUAUGGAUGUGAUCGAACUUUUCUAUA